UUUCGGGAUAACGUUAGCAGAAGUGGGGAAGGGGCUGAACGCUCGCUGAAGGGAAGGAGGUGGAGACCGAAGGAGGAUUCAUAAACAGGAGUUGAUCUCCUAGUUUUAAAACGCCUCUCUCAAUUCAGACCUUCAAGUAGCGUAGCGACAGAACUAAACCACAACUCACUGACCGCCGCAUCAUUCAGAGAAAGCGAAGAAGAAAAGCCGCUUCUCAAAAAACACCGCGCGCUUUACCAGACGACAAAAGUUGAGUGGACUUGAUUGCACGGGACAUCUCAGUGUUUUCAUUAACUUCCCAGGACGUCUUCCCACUUGUUGUUGUUUUUUUUUUCUUUUUUUUGUUUGUUUGUUUUUUCUUUUUUUUCGGAAACUUCUUUAAACUUUAUAUACGACACGUCCUUUGCUGACAAGACCACUGUGCAAAACAAAUAUCUGGGAUUUUUUUUAGGAAAAAGACAUCAGAAGGAACUCUAACAAAUGCAAAACUAUAUGUAUGAGAAGGCGAUGGCACCCGAAACUAGAAACGGAGGAACGUCCACGUUAAAUAACAACGGCGUAAACAACAGCAAGAGGAAACUUUUAAUAGCACUAGACAUCUUCUGCCUUGUCCUGGCUGUCCUGCCUUUCCUGAUAAUUGAAACUAGCACAAUCAAGCCGUACCACCGCGGGUUUUACUGCAGUGACCAGUCCAUCCAGUACCCGUAUAAAAACGGGGACACCAUAAGCGAUGCCGUGCUCUGUGCCGCUGGCAUUCUAAUUGUCAUCUUCUCCAUUGUGAUUGGCGAAUGCUACAGGAUCCAUUACCUGAGCCAGGGCUCCAAAUCGUUUGUGGGAAACCCGUAUGUCUCCGCCCUUUACAGACAAGUGGGAGUGUUCAUCUUCGGCUGCGCUGUCAGCCAGUCGUUCACAGACAUCGCCAAGGUCUCGGUUGGACGCAUGAGACCGCACUUCCUAGACGUUUGUCGGCCAAACUACUCUACUAUCGACUGCUCUUUGGGAUAUAUUACUGAAUACACAUGCACUGGAGAUCCCAGUAAAGUUCAAGAGGCCAGGAAAUCCUUCUUUUCCGGACAUGCUUCAUUUUCAAUGUACACCAUGCUCUACCUGGCAUUCUACCUACAGUCUCGAUUCACAUGGCGAGGAGCCCGUCUCCUGAGGCCCCUGCUCCAGUUUACCUUGCUGAUGAUGGCCUUCUACACCGGUUUAUCACGAGUGUCUGAUCACAAGCACCACCCCACUGAUGUCUUAGCUGGCUUUGUUCAAGGAGCCCUGGUGGCCUACUGCAUAGUCUUUUAUGUAUCAGAUCUCUUCAAACCCAAAGCUAAGACAGCCACUCCGCCGCCCUCGCCAAUCAAGAAAGAGCUGCUCCCUUCUUCUGACAUCAUCGAGAGGAACAACCAUCACAACAUGGUGUAGGAUGGAGGACCGGGAGUCUGCAUUCCCAAUCUCCCUACCCUUCACUCCACCCCUCCCUGAUUCCCCUGAAGAAAACCAGAAUAGCCACCUGUGACGGAGGAGGACGCCUCCUCUCUUUCUCAUCUGACAGUAGAAUGUAGGCACAGGACAGAGACAAUCCUAUUGACUCUUAUUACAAAUGACCUCACAAUCCAAGAGCCCAAUUCGAAAGGCCAAACAGACACAAAGCUAACAGAAAAAACAAGCCAAUUGUCCUUCAGAAUGUUGGAUGACAGAAGUAUUGAACGACAAGGAGAGCGUGAAUGUGAGGCUGGUCUCAUGACCAGCUGUUCUCUCCUUUUGUCCUUUGUAGCCUUUCAGGAACAGCUUACAACAAAUUCCUUAUUAAUAGGAAUGAUGCAUACCUGCGAUGUAAUUAGCACAGAUAUAUUAACAGUAUAAUAACUUAUAGCACUAUAUACAAAUUCAUGAAAUGUCACCACUCGCUAUCUGAGGAGCGUAGCUUCAAGAAGCUUGAUGACGAGCUGAUUUUGAGCUACUCGAAACAGUGGCCUAACUGCAAUUUAACGGGUUUGUUUUUUUAAAGGCGGGCGGGAGGGCGGGUUGGGCUUUUAAUUUUAGAUAUUAAAUUUACAAUCCCUGCUCAAACCGUGGGGCUGGGGGGCUUGGCUGAGCCAUGCUGCCUCACUGUCUUCUGAUUGGUCAGGGGGCAGGGUUUGACAUUGGAGAGGUGUGUAUUGUUACCACUGUUGACACAGGGGCGUGGCUUUGCUAGCCACCUCUCCUCACUGUCUACUGAUUGGUCAGGGCGUGGGGUUAGACAUCUGGGAGGUGUGCCUCAUCAACAUCGUUGACACAGGGGCGUGGCUGUGCCAUGCCAUCUAGCUGUCUUUUGAUUGGUCAAAAAGUGGGAGUAGACAUCCAGAAGGGUGUGUCUCAUUUCUUUGUCUUGCUCUCUUCUGAUUGGUCAGUAGUAAGACAUCUGGAAAUGUGUCUUGUCACCGCAGCUGGUGGUGGGGCGUAGCUGAGCCAUGUUGCUUCUAUGUCUUCUGAUUGGUCAGAGGGUGGGGUUAGACAUCAAAGGGGUGUAUCUCAUCUCCACAGUGGGUGGGAUUGACUCCCAAUUUCCCCAUAGACCACACUGGCACAUUUUUAAUAUUUGCUUUGUUUUGGAACUGGGAAUGAGCCUCUUCCGCUGGCUGGUUUGACCUCUUUCCUGUUCCGACUGCUUAAGCACUCAACUAUGGUUGCGUGUUUUCACCCAUAAUGCCACCUGUGCCCUCUGCCUGUCCUGGCAAGAAUCAUACUGCCCUGAAAAAGGGGAAUGUGGGGUCCCUCAGGGGGACGCUCGGUCCCUCGUUUGCAUAUGUGUUUGUAUGUGAAGAAACGUAAGAAAACUGUGGACUUUUAUUUCUUCUCUCUUUUUUUUUUUUUGUUUGUUUUUUUUUUAUGGAAAUGCCUUUUCUUAGCCUUGUUCUUAUGAUGUCGUCGUCUACUGUCCCACUUACAGCUGUACAGGACUGCCUGAAUACUCCAGAAAACACAUCCAUACAACACAACUCAAGCUCCAAAUGUGUUGCACAUCCCUCCCAUUGUAUAGUCCGUCCUAUCAUUUCAACAGACCGCUUUAUUUCUCUCUCAGAAGUAUAUAAAUAAUGUAUAGAUCACUAAAAUUAACUAUGUAAGAUAUUAUUUCUGAACAUGUUUAGAUAUAUCCACUAUGAAUCUAAAACGCAAUGUGUCAUGACCUGUGUUUAUUUACAAAGUGCUGCUUUUAUGAGCAUUGAUUGACCUUUUUUUUUUUUAGGUGACUAAAAUAUUGUAGAGUUGUGAUAGUACGUUUUUAAUAAACGUUGAAUAAAACACAUACAAUUGUAUCAAAUUCACUAUUAGUAUUUUUGUAUUGUCUCAUUUUGUACAAAGUCAAAUAAUAGCGAUAUGUUUUUUUCUGCUAAAUGUACUUAGCUCUAAUACGUGUGCUUUUAAAUAAAAGCUCUUUAUAAACAACA